CUACUCGGAAGAGCAGGUGAACUUCGGCGAUAGAAGCAGGAGGGAGGAUUCCUCAGACUUCAUUUUGGAGAAAUAUAGGCCUACUCCCAUUUCGGCUAGUCUCGACGAUGUCAAACAUGAGAAAAGCCCUGAUUGUCCUGGUUGUGACUCUGGGUUGUGCCUGCGGGAAACCACCGAGGAGACAGUACUACAAGGAGUCUCCUCCGCCUUCAAAUGAUGGACAAGGUGGCAACCCAUGUCGGGAUGGUGUGAUGUUCAAUGGCCAAUGCUUCGACUUCAAUUCGAAGAAAAAAUCAUGGGCAAAAGCAAGGAAAUACUGCACCAAAGACGUCCACGGCGACCUCCCAGUUGGCAUCAGAAAGAGGCCCGUCUAUGACGCCAUACUCAAGUAUGCUAAGGACAAAAAGAUGAGGGAUGACAUCGCUUGGGUUGGGUUGCAAGAGUCCAAGAUUCCAGGAGUUCUGACAUGGGUCAAUUAUGAUGUUCUUCAUGAUAAGGGAGCUUGGAACAUUUACAAGGAAUGGGACACGUCUAACCCCAUCCAGAAAGGCAAACCAAUUGGCUGUAUAGGUAUUAACUUGACAACAGGGAAGUUUGGAGGCUAUGAUUGUGAGGAGAAGCAUCUGGUUAUCUGUGAGCUCAACUUUCAAAGAGACGAAAAAGCCAUCAAGAAAAUAAACGAAAAGAUAGACAGUUUCAACAAAGAAAUUGAGCUGGCCGAACAAGGGGCAUUCAGUACUCUAAUGGAGGCAAAUAAAGGGGUUGCAAAUCUGUACGACACUGACAUGAAACUGGACGAGGAACAACAAGCGUUGGUCGAGGCCGGGGCUGAUCCUGGAACGGCGACAAAAGCUAUCAAGAUAAAGCGAGGCACGAAGCCAUCUCUGAAGGAUCUCGACAAGGUUUAUGAGAAGAAGAAAGACAACAGGAGGAAGUCUCCGACGCCGGAAAAAGUGAAAGGAAACAGGAAGGAAGGAUUUAAGUCUCGGGACAAACGUGCUGCCCGUGAUGGCGAUUCGUACCGCUGGCCGAAUGGGAUCGUACCAUUUGUAUUUGACGCUUAUGUGUCCGCUUAUGAAAAAGAUAGAAUCAACAGUGCGUUGUCUGUUUAUGGUGAGAAAACGUGCAUAAAACUCACUCCAAGGACAAAUGAAGGUGACUAUCUCUCCAUCAAGACUUCAGACGACGGAUGCUGGUCUUAUGUGGGGCGAAAAGGAGGCAAGCAGGAUUUGAAUCUGAACCGCAACAGUUGUCUGGCGAAGGAUGGCACAAUCCAACACGAGCUCCUGCACAGUUUCGGGUACUGGCACGAACACACCAGGCCCGACAGAGACAGCUGGGUGACCAUAAAUAUGGAUAAUGUCGAACCAGAUUACCAGAAUAAUUUCGAGAAACAGCCCAACUCUCACAUAAACGGCUUCGACUACGAUUACAGCAGCAUCAUGCAGUAUCCAAAAUGGGCAUUCGCCAUUGAUGAAGCAAUUGACACCAUCAUACCAAACAGAAAGACUACUGCCGUACUUGGGCAGCGAGACAAGAUCACUGACUUGGAUCUCGCCGAGUUGAAUUAUCUGUACGGUUGUGAAGGAGGUGCAUUUAAAGCCACUUUGAAUUCGGUCAAUUGGAAUUUCGUAGCUGACAGAACAUCUGGCGGCAAUGCGAAGAACGCCCCAUGUGCCUUUCCCUUCAUCGCUGGUGGCGUUAAACGCAACGAAUGCCUUGAUUACACCGGCGGUCUCAAAUGGUGCGGGACGACAGAAAACUAUGACACCGACAAACAGUGGGGCGAAUGUGUAUAUAACAAGCAGAUAACCACUUUGAAGGGAAGUGGGAACGCCCAAGGUGCCGACUGCGUUUUCCCGUUCAUCUACAAAGCGGAAACCUUCCAUUUCUGUACCCGAACUGCUGGGAGUGCCCCCUGGUGUGCUACUACAGCAGACUAUGACACAGACCAGAAGUUUGGACACUGUGUUCUUGUCCUGACUGACGGAGGCUACACAGAAUGGAGUGCUUGGGGAUCGUGCUCCAAGACAUGUGGAGGGGGUCAAGAAACCAGGACCAGGGAAUGCACAAACCCAAAACCGACCAACGGAGGAAAAGAAUGCGAGGGCUCGAGCACAGAUCAACGAACAUGUGCCCCGGAAACGUGUCCCAUCUCAGAAGCCCAAUAUGAAUGGAUCGGUUGUUGGGACGAUGCAGGUCUGCCCGAGCUGAUGAAUACGAUCGAGGGGACUGAGCCGGCUACCGGAGACUACACCAAAAGAACUGAUAAGAAGGCGACAUGUGCGACUGCGGCUGAAGCAGCAGGCUGUAAAAUAUUUGCUCUGCGCUUUGACGGGAAGUGCUAUGGACAGUCACCAGCUCAAUGGGGUGUACUGUAUCAAGGAAAUGGGGCAUCUGCCGAUUGUCCAGCUACUGGUCAUGGGGCAACAGAUGCUGUCGAUGCUUAUACACUAGAGGUCAACUCAUAUAACCAUUUUUCAGCUCCAAUAAACGGCGAGUGGGGCGUAUGGUCCUCAUAUGGAGCAUGCAGUAUGACAUGCGGAGGAGGCACUAAAAAACGUACCAGACAGUGUAAAAACCCAGCACCAAAGAAUGGCGGCAAUACUUGCCAUGGUAACUCUGAAGAGAGCAAGUCUUGUGCCGAUGGGCAAUGUCCAGUGAAUGGAGACUGGGAGGAGUGGAGCAUAUGGUCCACGGACGUCCAAGCUGAUGACAAUUCCGGCACCAAGUACCAGUACCGCACACGCCAGUGCGCCAACCCGCCACCCACCAAUGGUGGAGCCCAAUGUCAAGGGGAUGCUGUCGAUGUCAAACCAAUCGGCUGAGAAAACAGGACAUCGAUCAGUGCAAAUUCCGUGCCAAAUUUGGCCCAUUCGUUGAAUAGUAAUCAGUACUGGGCUGAAGCCCUGCUUUUCAUGUAGAGAU